UGAAACCACAACAGAUCACAUUCUCUCAACAGAGACCUCUACAACUCACACAUCCAGCCAUGACACCUACACCUACUCAUGGCAAUCACCAACUCUCAGGAGCAUCUGACUCUGACCCACAAGCUCAGAAAACCUCUGGUGGAGAAGCUCCGCAGUGAGCAAAUCAACAGCAGCAUUGAGCACCUCAAGUCUCUCCUGUGUCCACAGCUCCUCAAACAGCAGCCAGACGCCAAGAUGGAGAAAGCAGACAUCCUGGAGAUGACAGUUUGCUUCCUGACACACAUGCAGCAGCAGAACCAACAGCAGAGAACACUGCUCAACCACAUCAACAAGCUGCAACCUUCCUCUGAUAACAACCUGAUAGAGGCUGACUUCUCUCAUCUCAGCUCCACAGUCCAGACCAGCAUCACCAAAGACAAGAGUCCAGUCAACAGCGCCCUCUGGAGGCCGUGAUAGACACCUACACACUGGAGUUACAACCAGACAACAUUUAAAUGACCACAUUGGUCAAAGAUUACUGGACUGAAGUCUAUGAAAUUUCAUGAACUUUUUCUUCUGUAGGUACAGAUGCUUUUACAUAUUUGUUUUGUUUUUUGUGCAAGAUAUUUCAAUGAGGAAAUGACAGUAACGAUAUCUUUCAAUUUAAGAAAGAAAACACCUUGUCAUGCAUGUUGCAUGAACCAAAUCUGAUUGCAUCUGCAAUUACUAGUUCUUACCAUACUUCAUGUACUCAUAAUUAAAUGGUAACAUGUAUUAUCUUUUCAUUAAUUUUGAUCACUGUGAUCAAGUUUAUGUCUGUUUCAUGAACAAAUUCCCAGAAUGAACAAAAAGCUGAAUCUGUUGUAAAAUGCAGCCGUUUAUCUUUUAAUCCCUUCAUACUAAAAGGUUUGCUUCAUAAAACAAUGAUUGACAAUGAUACUUUUAUGUUUCCCUCGGCAUUAUGCUAUGCAUUUCUUAACAAUUGCUUAAUAUUGAUCACUUUGAUCUCACAUCUUAAAUAUCAUUUUUACGGACAUUUUGUCAAAACUUUACCCACUUUCUGUGAUUUUUAUACAAUAAUCUGCUUUAAGAUCAAUAUUUUAUCCCAUAAAAAGUUUAAGUUUAAUGUGGUUUUGUCACAGCUUUGAAGUGACAAUGUUUUUUUACCAUGUGAAAAUCUAUUGAAUUUUUGUGGUUGUUUAGAAUGAUGACCUAUUGAUAGGUAAUUUCUUUUUCUUUUUAACUACUGAGAAAAAAUGCCAUAGGACAGUCAGGUUUGUCCUUAAUACUUUAAGAAUCUACAAGUUCUGGUUGUGAUGUAUCAUCACCUCUUGUUAGAGCUUCAUCCUUGAAGUGGCUCAUUGUGCCAUGUUGAAUAAACAAACAAUGCCAGCUCAAAA